AUGCAUAAAAUUGUUCAACAAGGUAGUAAAUCAUUAAUUGAAUCAAGAAUUAAAAGAAAAUCAUUAUUAAGUAAAGUUGUUACAGAUGUUAGUCAAUUGAUACCAUAUUUUCAAAAUGGACAUUAUGUGUCUAUGGGUGGAUUUGCAGGUACAGGUUAUCCAAAGGUAGUACCAAUUGCAUUGGCAGACCAUGUGGAAAAAAAUGGAUUACAGGGUAAAUUAAAAAUGAAUUUAUUUGUUGGAGCAUCAGUUGGACCAGAGACAGAAGAUCGUUGGGCAAUGUUGGAUAUGAUAGAUAAGAGAUAUCCUCACCAAAAUGGACAUCACAUUCGUAAUGGUAUAAAUAGCGGUAGAAUUCGUUUUGCCGAUCAACAUUUAUCGACAUUUGCAAGUGAUUUAUUGGCUGGAUAUUAUACAUUGGAUAAACCACAUGGAUCAAAGAGAACAAUGGAUAUAGCAAUCGUUGAAGCCACAGAAAUCACCGAAGACGGUUGUAUAGUACCAGGUGCAUCCGUUGGUAUCACACCUGAGAUCUUACAAAUGGCAGAUAAAAUCAUCAUUGAGAUUAACACCUCAUUACCAUCGUUCAAAGGGUUGCAUGAUAUGGUGAAAAUUGCAUUACCUCCAUUCUCAAAACCAUACCAAAUUACCCGUGUCGAUGAUAGAAUUGGUUUGGAAGCAUUCCCUGUAGAUCCAGAGAAAAUCAUUGCAAUUGUAGAAUCCCAGCUACCCGAUAAUACAAGUGUGGGCGCCCCAGAGGAUGAAACCUCCUCUGCUAUUGCAAACAAUAUCGUACAAUUUUUCAUUCACGAAAUUGAACAAGGCCGUUUCCCAAAGAAUUUACUCCCACUUCAAUCGGGUAUUGGUUCAAUUGCAAACGCUGUCAUUGGAGGUCUUUCCAAAGGUCCAUUUGACAAUCUCUCAGUUUGGACUGAAGUUAUUCAAGACACUUUCUUGGACUUUUUCGAUAAUGGUAAAUUGAAAUUCGCUUCAGCAACUUCACUUAGAUUCUCCCCACCAGGUUUCAAUAGAUUAUUCAAUAAUUGGGAAAAUUAUAAAAGUAAAAUCAUCCUUAGAAAUCAGGCCAUUUCAAAUGCAGCUGAAUUAAUUUCACGUGUUGGUUGUAUCGCUUUAAAUACUCCAUGUGAAGUUGAUAUCUAUGGUCAUGUCAAUAGUACCAAUACAAUGGGUUCAAAAAUGUUAAAUGGUUUAGGUGGUAGUGGUGAAUUCUUAAGAAAUUCAAGAAUCUCCAUUGUUCACACCCCAUCAACUCGUCCAACUAAAACUGAUCCACAUGGUAUUAGUUGUAUCGUUCCUUUCGCCUCUCAUAUCGAUCAUACAGAACACGACAUUGAUAUCAUUGUAACCGAGCAAGGUUUAGCUGAUAUUCGUGGUUUGGCACCUUAUGAACGUGCUAAAGUUAUCAUUCAAAAUUGUGCUCAUCCAAUCUAUAAACCAAUACUCAUGGAAUACCUUGAAACUUCUCGUCAAAUUUGUUUAAAAAAUCAUAUGGGACAUGAACCACAUCAAUUAGACAAAGCAUUUAAAUUUUAUACAAAUUUAUCUGAAAAAGGUACUAUGAAAAUUGACAAGUGGUAA